GCCGGUCUCUGCGCGCUCUCCAUUCCUCGAGCACGGGCGGCGCGUCCGGUACCGCUGGAGCUCCGCGGAGAAACGCGACGCGAACUGAGCGUCAUAGUCAGCGGCGCAAGACAUGGCGCUCGUGACGGAAACAGGUGCCUAGAGGUUUUGCAGAGCGUCUCCGUGUGAGUGACAAACAACAGCGUUUAAACUGAUUACAGCGAAACCACCGCGACGCGACGCGUGACGUGCAGCUCUUAUUUCACUCCGUCGCGGUUUUACCGAAGGUUCCGGCAAACUGAGUUCCUCUUCCGUUCACACGCUUCGCAAUCCACGCAUUUUUAUACACCUUAUAUCAUUGUCGGCUUUUGUUUUACGGCUGGUUGCUGGUUUAAUUAAUAAUGUAGAGGAUUUGGAUCAGUUGCAGCUCUGGAGCCACGGAACGGUUGGGAUUCUGCAGAAAUGGAGCAGCCGAUCUUCACCACCAGAGCUCAUGUCUUCCAGAUCGAUCCCACCACUAAGAAGAACUGGGUUCCUGCCAGUAAACAGGCCGUUACCGUCUCGUACUUCUAUGACAGCACACGCAACAGCUACCGCAUCAUCAGCGUGGACGGGUCAAAGGUGAUCAUCAACAGCACAAUCACCCCCAAUAUGAACUUCACUAAAACGUCGCAGAAGUUUGGCCAGUGGGCCGACAGUCGUGCAAACACAGUGUUUGGACUCGGCUUCGCCUCCGAACAACAGCUGUCCAAGUUUGCUGAGAAGUUCCAGGAGGUCAAAGAAGCUGCGAAACUGGCCAGAGAAAAAUCUCAGGAGAAGAUGGAGACGUCCAGCGAUCAGUCGCAGGAAUCUGGCCGUGAAACUCCAUCAGGCAAUCAAGCGUCCAGCAUCAACGGAACGGAUGAUGAGAAGAUCUCACACGUGCCGGAGAACACAGCGCUGAUGAGUGAGAACGACCGGCUGAAGUCUGUAGCGGAGCAGAGUAAGAAGCUGGAGACGGAGCUGCAGGCGCUGAUGGACAGUAACGCUCGGCUGUCGGACACGCUGCAGGAGGCCAACAGUAACGCUGAGAGCUGGAAGAGUAAAGUGAUGCAGAGCCAGGACGAGAACAACCAGCUGAGGAACAAGAUCUCAGAGCUGGAGGAUCAGUGUAAGGAGGUGAAUCUGGAGAGAGAGAGAAACACUCAGCUGAGUCUCAGAAUUCAAGAGCUGGAAGCAGAUCUUCAGGAAAAAGAACAGGAGCUGGAGGAUCUGCGCAAACAGGCAGAAACCAUCCCGCAGCUCAUGGCCAAAUGUGAAAGUGUCACGGCCAAACUACAGGCUGCAGAAACGGCCAGCAGAGACCUGAGCGAGAAGAUGACGCUCCUGCAGAGCGAGAUCGACGACAGUCAGCACAAGCAGAAGAACAUGAAGACCGAGCUCAAGAAGUUCAUGGACGUUCUGGACGGGAAGAUUGAUGAGCUCCAUGAAGUUUGUCAGGGCAUUUCUAAACUGGGCAUCGAUAACUGAACACACACUCUCUCUCUCUCU